AUGGGGAUGGCCAAACUGUUACUGACCGGCGUCAUUCUCUUCCUGCCACCCUCGGUAACUGCACUCAGCCGCCAUCCAAAGCUGCUUCUCAUAUCAAUGGACGGCUUCCGAUAUGAUUUAGUUAAACCCCAUUUAGUACCGUUUAUUUAUGAAUGGGCCACUAAAGAGACUUGGUUUACUAACGGUAUGAGACCACAGUAUGUCAGUUUCACAACUCCAAAUCAUAUGGGUAUAGCUACAGGGCUCAUGCAGAAAGUCAUGGUAUCGUAUGAUUACUAUAAUUUCUCCGGAACACCUGGAAUCUUAGAGGAAUCUAGAAAGCCUUCAUGGUACUUGGGAGAACCGAUAUGGAUCACAAACGAAAAAGCAGAUGCAACUCGACAUUCCGCUUGCCUUCAAUGGCCGGCCUGUGAUGCAAAUUAUCCCAAUGCAAAUAAGCCGAUGUACUACACAAGUUGGACAAAAUAUCAAAAGCCUGAUGAAUGGAUGAAGGAUAUAGAUACGAUCAUUGAGUUUUUCACAAGAGAGGACUAUCCAAUGAAUUUCGUUGCAUGGUACAUAGAAGAGCCUGACCAUACUCUUCAUGGGCACGGCUUCAAUGACGGUGCGUUAGAAAAGAUUCUCGCCGAACUCGAUACAACUUUCAAACGCCUGAUUGAUGAAAUUGCGGAAGCAUGA